CACUAAAGAUUUUGAGAACUGCACGCUGUGGUCACACUGUUUGUACAGGGUGAUGCAUUAUAAAGGAAAUCAAAACGAAAAUGCCGGCGAAAAGAGCUUGGCGUAAGCUAGUGAAAAAACAACAGAGACAACGGCGACGUCAGAGACAAGCGCGGGCGCGUGAGAAGGAGGAGGCAUUGGAAGAAAAAGCAUUGAAGGCAAAGCCCGAGUAUGAGGCGUGGUUAAAACAACAAGCGGAGCUCGAAGAAUUUCAGCGCCAGGCCAGUGAACGUUUAAGAGCAGAGGAAGAAGAAGCCUGGUUGCGUCGGGAAGCAUUGGCUCAACGUCAAUUCCAAAUCGAUAGAGCUAAGCGUCAACAGGAAGAGGCGAAACUAGAGAGCUUACGAUUGCAGCAAGCAAAGGAAUUGGAGGAAGAACUGGAGAAGCAACGGAAAAGGCGAGAAGAGAGUAAAAGACUGGCUGAACAAGCCGCAGCUGAGUUCGAGGCAAUGCUGCAACGUAUGCAAGAGUAUAUGGAUGACAGUGAAGACCGCACGCCGCCAGCUGAGCUGCGCCGUGUGGUGGAAACGAAUCCUGCAGAGAAAUUAUGCGAGUUCUAUACACGGACCAAUUGCUGCCGAUACGGCAACAGUUGCACCUUCAAUCAUCGUCGUCCCAUGCUCGCAAAGAUCUUAUUAAUACGCCACUUCUUCACACACCCACUGCUACAAGUGGGUGAGACGCACAAGGAAUAUGCGAGCACAGAUGAGCACCUGGAGCUGACAGAGCAGGACUUACGCAGUGACUAUGAUGAGUUCUUCCGCGAUGCGAUUGGUGAGCUUGAAAAGUUCGGCAAAAUCUUAAAUUUUCGCGCAGUGCGCAACACGUUGCCCCAUCUGAGAGGUCACGUAUUUGUGGAGUACGCGAAGGAGCGCUUUGCACUGCGCGCCUUUGUUAAUCUGCAAGGACGUUAUUAUGCAUCCAGGCGCCUUCAAGUGGAGUUCUCAAAUCUCAAGGGGUGGCGUGGUGCCGUUUGCGGUUUGUCCUUAACACGCAAAUGUCCCAAAGGCUACAGCUGUGGCUAUCUCCACCUAUUUCGCAAUCCAAACAAUUUGUUUAACAGUAGCUUGGAGCUCUACGAUACACCAAAGAGCACACGCUCUAGCAGUAGAACGCCUACAAACAGAGCAAGCAGUUGGCAUGAUAAUAUACGGGAAUCUCGCAACUGGCGCUGGUCGGAAAGUCCCGAGCUGGAACUGAAACAGGACAAAUCUUCAAGCAAAAGUGCCAAAAGGCAACAAAGCAAUGAGCGAGAUAUUAAAUGCAAAUCUGAUAAAAGCAGGAACCGUUAUCAUUCCAGUCGAGACUCUAGCCGCCAUUCUAGUCAAGAAUGUGACUCGGACUCUGUCCGAGAUCGCAGUCGGGACUCUAGCUUACAUCAUAGUCGAGAUGCUGGCCAAGACUCUGGCCAUCGCAGUCGCAGUCGCAGUCGAAAUCGUUCCACAUCAGGCCGUGAACACGUUUCUAAGGCGGAUCACAGUCACUCCCGCUCUCCGCCACGUCGGCGUGUCAAAUAAACCAAAGUAUAUACGAUGAACUUUAAAUAAUUAAUCAGUUUUUAAUGAAUUUUUACAACAUUUUA